AUGAUUGACAGUAUACCCGAAGAGGACCAGCCGGACUUUGCUGGGUUUACUUCUCGUGCGCCUCAGGCUCGUGGACGACGCUUCAGCCACCACAGAAGUUCCUCCGACUCCUCAAGCUCCAGCCAUUCCCCCCACGCUUUGCGGGGAUUUUCCGGAGGUCCAUUUGUCCCCGAGCUGCUGCCUGGUUUCGUUCCCGGACAGUCCAAGCCGACAAAUAACAAUGGCUCCGCUAACAUGAACUCGAAUCCAGCUCCUCAGCAACACACUAGCAUGCCUCCGAAUGUACCCCCUCCGCCGCUACCUAGCACCAACAACAACACGACGACGAACAACAACCCGUUUGGACCGAUCCUGAGCAGCUACCCGGGAUAUAACAGUCCCCAAACUCAGCAUCAACAGCCACAGCAGCCCCCGCAGCAGCCACAAUACAACCCUCCUGCAGCGCCUUAUCAGCACCAAAAUGGAACCCAAAGUCUGGGGCCUAGCCCACAACUUCGAGGAGAGGAUUUCGUCAACAUCGGCCAUCAGCAACACCACUACGCAUCACAGCAUCAACAACAGCCACUUCAGCAGCCACCACCCGUUCAGAAUCAGGCUACCAGAUCGGCAUCUGCAGGAAACCUGGUCCGUCCGAACGCCCCAUUUGCUGCCAACAGUGCUACGACGACAUCCUCUGUGCCAUCAUCUCCCUCUGCAUCUUUCUACGGCCAGAGCGACUCGAAUUCGACUCUCAUCGGGUCCAACUAUUCGACAAUCAAUCUAAGCAAUGUCAGUGGAAACAGUCCAGUUACUCCGACACACUCGAACCCAGGUCUAGGCCAAUCACAAGGAUACGGUGGGAACCCUGGCAUUGGCUCCUAUUCGUCGAAUAGCAGCACUAAUACGGUCCAACAAUCUAUGAGCACGCUCGAUGGGGCUACUGCUGCCACUGCGGCUGCUACUGCUCUCAGAAGGGUAUCAUCUAUUCCCAUCCAGUCGACUCAACGGCCGAUUUCCCAAAACGACAACCCUCCAGAUACCAGUCCCAAGAAGACGCGGUCAUUUGGCCACUCAAAUAACCCUUUUGGAAUCCACUUACAUGGCCACAAUGGCCUCAAAAAUUCAAAGCUGGGUAAGAAGAUUUCUGGAAAACGUUCGCCCAGCUCUAGCCCCAAAAACGUGGCUACUGGUUCCACUGGGUCUAACAACGUUGCCAGCUCAAGCGCAGCUAUGAGUAGCAGCGCGUCUGUGAAAUCCGACAUGAGCUCUGUGGUUGGUGGUAUGGGAAACAACAAUGACGUUGGACUCUCUACCACAAACACAACUUCCACAGACAGUUCGACAGCUGCCGCUGCAGCUGCGUAUGCCCCCAAUGUGCCCUCUAAACAGUCGGCUCUGUUUAAGGCAAAGCUGUUUGCCAAACAAGCAAAACAACAAUCGUCAGCCAAGAGUUUAAAGCCCAAACUCAAGCGCAAAGGCAACAUUGACCUUACUAUUCAGACACAACUCCCCAGCACUCGUCCUUCACUAGCAGAAAGAAGUCCACUGAACAGACCUUCCAAGGAACUGGAACGAAUUGCAAGCAUCGGCAGCAACGUACCCAUCACGCCAACCAUGGCGUCUGGCAGAGGAGAUUACAACCAUCCCUUGACAGCCGGAGCUAAGGAUGACUCUCCCAGUGCGAAAAACAAGGCCCACUCCAUUCUGCUGAGAGCCAAGAAGGAUGUGCAUUCUGCGGCUGCCUUCAUGUCUUCGUCUUCGUCCAACUCCAAGCUCAUCAACGAACAGGGCGGUUCCUUAUACUCGUUCCAGAGCUCCUCACCUGGUGCUUUACACAAGAGUUUUUCCAGUGCUCUGGAACUCAAGAAUUUCAACCAGACCAAGGAGGAUAAGGAACAGCUCGCUGACGACGCAUGGGCGCUUCUGUGUUCUCGAGUGCUUCCCUUGUUUUCAGGUGAAGGCAUCCGAGUCCCCAUUGAAGAUCUCAACAAGCUGGUGGUGAUGCACACUAAUCUGCGGAUCCAGGAGCAUGUCACAGCCAAGUCUUUGUUGCAAGAAUUCAAGGACCUGCUGAGAUCUGGCAUGUAUACGCUGGACUCUACUAUGUCCCGUGUGCCAGAUGACAAGCUUAUUGCUCACCUGACGACAGUUUGGGGUCACUUCUUCUCAGACGUGCUCCCUUACUGGGAGGGUGUCUUUCUGCCUCUUCAGCAGGAGUUCGAUGGUUACGGAAAGAGCAUGAAGCCCGAAGAGAGCGAGAAGUUCUGGGGUAUGUUGCUCAUGGACCGUGAUCAGCUGAACAUUCGUCUCAUGACUCUGUGUGCGUUCAGAGACUACAUCAUUCUCCCUCACUCUGAGCGGUUGACUCGAAUCAUUUCCAAUUUCGAGCUAUCUUCUCAGGGAGCCAACACUCCCGUUAGACUCUUACAGUGUUUCUCCAUCUUGGCCUCCAUUCUGAGUGCUGAUGCGCAACAGCAAAAGAUGGACGAGCUGGUGAAGGUGCUCAAGACAGGAUGGUUUUCUCGUUCCAGGGCAGGCAAGGACAGACGAGGCAUGAUUAUCAAGGCCUAG